AUGGAUGAGCCAAGAAAGAAAUUGACGAAAGCUGAGAAAAAAGCAAAGUAUCGGACAGACUAUCCAGAACCAAUCAAAACGAGACGAGAAGAUCUGAAAGCAAUUAUGAAUGGUCGACCUGAGGACAGAGAAAUGAAAGCUCGAUCUCGAAUGCGACAGUUUUUCGAGGAAGACUAUAAUUCGAAUGUGAACAUCUACGGAAUGGCUGUUGAUAUGAUGAUGGCAAUGCCUGACAGAACAAAAACCGGAGGAGAAAAUUUGGCACACUGGUAUUUGGAAGAUUUUGGAAAGUGGUUGACGGAAACUGGAAGAGAAGAAUAUCUUCGAGGAAAAUACCUGACAAGUUCUGUUCAAUUAGAAGCUCUGAAAUCAUGUCUUGCCGAACAAAAAUCUCUUGUCAGUCAAAUUUUUGAUAUCAGUCCAGAAAAGCUUUUGGAAGAUGUCACACAGUUGCUCAGAGACUCGAUCGUCAAACGAGAAUACUCAAAAGCAGCUAAACUGGCUGUUCAACACAAUCUCUCGAAUACGCUGGACUUCAAAGAACUAGCAUUACCGCUGAUUCUUUCUGGAAAGAAUAGAGAAGCAUAUCAGCUGAUGGCAAGCGCUGUAGAAAUGCAGAAAGACUAUGUACAGUUUCUAGACGAAAUGAUUGGAUUAUCGCAGACGGGAGUCGAAGAAAUCUUGGAACCUUAUAAAUCCUCUCGUGUUAUGACGAUUGGACUAGAGAAUUUCUGUGGAAAAACAGUAGAGAAGCAGAUACAGCAAGUGCUAUCAAAAGUCUCACAAGAAUUCAAUUUUGAUAAGGAUCUUCCGAAAUAUGCUCCAAAGCAUUCUGUCCGUGCAAGUUUAAAAGCUCUACAGUACAGUAUUCAACAGAGGUAUAAUGGAAUCGACGACAAUGGAGAUGACAACUAUUUCCAAACAAUGGUAGAUACCAUGCAGCAAGAUCCCAAUGUUCAAGAGAAGAUCCUUUUUUAUUUAUGGGACUCUAACACUCAUGAGAAACAAGUUGACGCUAUCUGCAUAGCAAUUCAUUUGAAAAUCAACUAUCCAUCCAGUCAACACAUUCCAGGAAAGAUGAAAGACUUCUUCCGAGAGCCAGAUUCGAGACUAAAGAAGCUGAACGUCUUCUGCAGAAGAGAUUGUGAGUGUAAAUUUCCCCUAAAAGGGGGACUCCGACCAAAAAUUUUUAUUUCAACGGUAUGCGCUCCCGAGGAAGGUGAACAGAUGUAUGUCUUCGAGGAUGAUAAAUGUCCCAUUUAUAUGAUUAAAACCGAAUCAGAAAUGCAGAGUAUUUGCGAAGAAAUUGAAUCCUUAAGUCGAGAGCCAGAAAAAUCAGUUUAUGUCGGAUUCGAUUCAGAAUGGAAACCAUCAAACUUGAUCACUGCCAAUUCUUCAAAAAUUGCUAUUAUCCAACUUUUCUUCAAGGACAAGGUUCUCCUAGUGGACUGCGUGGAGCUGGAGAAAGAAAAAGUGCCGGAUCUGUUAUGGGAGAGAUUUGCGAAAGGACUUUUUGAGACUCCAAAGCUUAAACUAAUUGGAUUCGAUAUGCGGAAUGACUUGGAAGCCAUCAUUGAACUUCCCGCAUUGAAGGGUCGUCUAAAUUUGGAACAAAUUAAAAAUGCCUACGAUUUGAAACGGUUAGCAGAAAAUAUAUGUGACAUCGACAUGGAUAUUCUGGAGUUACCAAAAAAGACGUUUAAACUAGCAGACUUAACACAGUACCUGCUCGGACAGGUUCUCGAUAAAACUGAACAGUGUAGUAACUGGCAAUGUCGUCCACUUCGCAAGAAACAAAUUCUGUAUGCCGCUCUUGAUGCUGUGGUUGUGGUGAACACAUUCAAGAAGAUUCUCGAGAAGACCCAAGAGAGGAAUGAAGAUGUGGAUGUACCGUCAGUUGUGAAGAAUUCGAAUGUAUUAGCUCCGAAGAAGGAACGAGACCAGAAGGUUAUGCGUAAGCUCAAGACAAUUCCUUGGACGGAAAUCUAUGAGACUCUUCGAAAUCACCGUGAUACAAGCAUGCCUUUACAACGUCCGCACGAAAUUCAGGUUAUCGUUGACACAAUGCUUCUUGGUUUUGGAAAACACUUGAGACGAGUGGGAAUCGAUGUCUAUCUUCCACGAGACGUCAGUGACUUCAAAGCAAAACUCAGAGUUAUCAAUCGUAUCGGAGGAGAAUAUCAACGACAUAUAAUCACAGUUCCAUCAAAAAGUUACAAUGCUCUUCGAGUCGAUUACGAGUCGAAUCUCAUGGCAAUCCCAGAAUUGAAUCAUAAAGCUCCACUUGAUCAGCUGAUCGAUUUCUUUGAUAGAUUUAAUGUAGAUCUCCGGCCAGAAGACGAGUUUCUUCGAUGCAUUGAAUGUAACUCAAGACUUCAAAUCAAGUUUCCUGGCCCGGUUCUUCACUUUUUGCAUCAAUAUGCCGUGAUUCAUGUUCAGAAUGUUUAUCGCGCUGAUAUGAGUGAAUUCCCAUUAGAAGAAUGGUGGAAUCGUAUGCUUCGAAUCAAUCCAGACGAUUAUGACGGAAUCAAAGUAGAGAUGUCUCGUCCAAAUCUAAAAAGUAAAUGGAUGGUGGCUACCGUACCAACCGGAUGUCUACAUAUUACACGCCAAACAGCAAUCCAUAACAAUCUCCCAGAUGGUGUUGAAGUUCGAAUCCACAAAGUACCCGACGACGAGUUCCAGCGACCGAAUCUCUGUUUCUACGUGUGCGGUGAUUGUGGAACAGUCGGCUACGAUGGUCGAGCUCCCACUGAAAGCAACGGUUACGAGUCAAUGCACUAG